UCUAAUCCACUAAAGGCAGGCUUCGAUUUUGGGGGCUUGGCGGCAAAGCGUAGCGGUUGAUGGCCGUACUGCUUAGGGUUAUAUGCGCGCGCUUUUGCUUCAACCACGGAACUCGUCUGAACUGAAAUUCUACUUUGGAGACUUCAGUUACGAUUUACGCACUGCAAUAGAUUACACAUUGAGCUUAGAACUGUGGAGAAUUUGUGAUCGGUUUGUGCUCUGCUCACUGUCCUACAACAGUGAGAUUCAACCGCAUGGAGGGAGGAGCAGCUUCGUCUUCCCAUUCCCCAACCAUCAAGCCCAUCAACAAGGGCGUCGUUCACCGGAUUUGUGCUGGCCAAGUCAUUCUCGACCUUUCCUCUGCCGUCAAGGAGCUGGUGGAGAACAGCUUAGACGCCGGCGCCACCAGCAUCGAGGUUGCCCUCAAAGACUACGGCGGCGAAUCAUUCCAGGUCAUCGACAAUGGUUGCGGCAUUUCUCCUCACAAUUUUAAGGUUCUCGCUCUGAAGCAUCAUACAUCAAAGCUAUCAGAUUUCCCUGACCUUCAGAGUUUAACUACUUUUGGGUUCAGAGGGGAGGCAUUGAGUUCCCUUUGUGCUUUAGGGGAUUUAACUGUAGAGACAAGAACUAGGAAUGAACCAGUAGCAACACACUUAAUUUUCAAUCAUUCUGGGCUUCUAAUAGAAGAAACAAAGACGGCACGGCAAGUUGGUACCACAGUCACCAUUAAGAAGUUAUUCUCCAAUUUACCUGUGAGAAGUAAGGAGUUUCAUCGCAACAUUCGCAAGGAAUAUGGGAAGCUUAUCACUUUGUUGAAUGCCUAUGCUCUGAUUGCUAAAGGAGUUAGAUUGCUUUGCACCAACAUAACUGGAAGAAACACUAAGUCUGUAGUACUAAAGACACAAGGAAAUGGAUCCCUGAAAGAUAACAUCAUAGCAGUAUUUGGUAUGAGCACCUUUUCCUGUUUAGAGCCUGUUAAAGUAUGUGUACAAGAUGGUUGCACAAUUGAUGGCUUCAUUUCCAAGAGUGGAAAUGGAAGUGGGCGGAAUUCGGGAGACCGGCAAUUCUUCUUUGUAAAUGGUCGGCCAGUAGAUAUGCCCAAAAUCAGCAAACUCGUGAAUGAACUGUAUAGAGCUGCAAACAGCAAGCAAUUUCCAAUUGCAAUAAUGGACUUCAUAAUUUCACCUAGAGCCUAUGAUGUCAAUGUAACUCCUGACAAAAGAAAAAUAUUUUUUUCUGAUGAAUGCUCCAUAUUGCGCUCCUUAAGAGAAGCUUUAGAAAAGAUAUAUUCACCUGACCUUGCUAGCUAUUCUGUGAAUACAUUAGAGGAUAUUACACAAGAAAAACAUAAUUUGAAGUCUUAUGCCCAUCAUGGGAGGUUAGAGCUAAGAUUAAAGCAAAAAUUUUCUGAUUGCACUGUUCCAGACAGACAAUCAGACAGCAGAGAAAAAUCUGCAGAUGCUGAGAUUUUGAGAACAGUAGAGGAGGACAUUAGCAGUUCUCCUGAUGCAGUGAUUAUUCAGAAUAAUGAGGUCAGUCCAACAACAAAGGACUUUAGGCUAAGAUUUCAUUGUACAGAGAAAAAUAGUCAACACUGUGGGAGUCCUGAGAAGCAACUUAUGGAUCUGACAAGUGAUGUGACUGAUAAUUAUGCUUUGCUAUGUCCAAGAUCUAUGGAAAAAGGCAGUAACAAAGGGGCAAGUUUCAUGGGUCGGUCAAAUAUUAUGCAGUCUUCACUUACCAAAUUUGUUACAGUGAACAAGAGAAAGCAUGACAGUAUUAGUUCACCUCUGUCUGAAGUACCAUUACUCAGAAAUGGAACUAUCCAAUCAACAGAAAACAAUUCUGCAAAACACAACACAUUCUCAAGACCUGCAGAGGACUAUAAUAUGGUUGAUGAUUCUGAUGAAUCUAACAAAAAUAGGGCAGAAUCUCCAGCUUUGUCUAAAUUGGACAAAAUCCUUAAUCAUAUGAAGAAUGUGAUUCCCAACACAGACAGAAAACCCCAAGGAGAAAACAUAGAGGAAAGAAAAGGUGAAAAGAAAGAGUUGCCUUCUACUGGUUCUGAAUUAGACGCUUCAUCUAGCAAGUACUUUCCAGAUGUGUCAGAAGACAAAACAGAUACCACACCACAACAACCUUGUGGUGUAUCAUCUGAUUCUCAAAAGGUUUCUUCUGACCCAAAGAUUGGUCCUACCAUGCAAUUUAGUUUUAAAGACUUGAUGAAAAGAAGGAAACAGAGACUGGCAAGAUUACAACUCAACGCUACUGCCUCUAGACACAUGGAAAUGCAAAGGGGUUAUGCUGCAGCAUCACUGGAGCUUUCUCAACCGCUUAACGAAGAGGGCAAGACAAAAGCUUUGGCUGCUGCAACCUCUGAGUUGGAAAGGCUGUUCAGGAAAGAAAGCUUUGCUCAAAUGAAGGUCAUUGGGCAAUUCAAUCUUGGAUUUAUCAUUGGCAAGUUAGAUCAAGACCUUUUUAUAGUUGAUCAGCAUGCUGCAGAUGAAAAAUAUAACUAUGAACGCUUGUCAGAGUCAACAAUUUUAAACCAGCAACCUUUGCUUCGGCCCUUGAAGAUGGAUUUAUCUCCUGAAGAGGAAAUAGUUGUUUCCAUGAACAUGGACACUAUAAGGAAAAAUGGGUUUUCCUUGGAAGAAGAUUUGCAUGCUCCUCCUGGGCUUCGCUUCAAUCUAAAAGCCGUUCCUUUCAGUAAAAACAUAACUUUUGGAGUUGCAGAUGUGAAGGAACUAAUUUCUAUUCUUGCUGGUAGCCAAGAAGACUGUCAUAUUAUGCUUAGUUACAGAAAGGAUACAUCUGAUUCAAUUUGCCCCCCUAGAGUACGUGCAAUGUUGGCAUCACGAGCUUGCAGAUCAUCCGUUAUGAUUGGAGAUCCAUUGGGGAGAAAUGAGAUGCAAAAGAUACUCGAGCAUUUGGCACACUUGAAGUCUCCAUGGAACUGUCCGCAUGGAAGACCAACGAUGCGUCACUUGAUUGACUUGACCACUGUACAUAAAAGGUUAGAUCCAGAUCCAACAUUGUGAACCCUUUACUUGUGUUGUACUGAUCCGAACUAAAAUACAAAAGGGGAAUCGAAUCAAGAAGGCUUGCAAAAUGUUUUGUCACGUAAGUUAUGCACUGCCACCAACUUAUUUUGAACCCUGUGAAAUAGGUGACAAUUUUGUAUAGACAAUCAGUUUUUGAGUUGCACGGAUGUUAUUGUAGUCUUUUUCAAUGUAAUCAUGUAAGAAAAGAGCCUGCAACCCAUUAUCCGUUACAUAUUUUGGCCCUGUUUGGUAACAUUUUAGCUUAUUUGAUCACUAUUAGUUGUUUGACUUGUUAAACAUUCAAUAAAAGUGUUUAAUUAAUUAA